AUCAUUUAGUUGGCUAACGGCAGCGGUACGUGCUGCAUGCGUGCGGUCGGUUCGAAGUUCCACACAAGUACAUCCUUGCAACCAAAAAUACACAGCUGCAGGAUAAGUGUGCCAAUCUGCGGCAGCGAAGAAUAAGCAUCUAAGUCAUGAUGUAUUUACCGUACGCGCAAUUGCCGGAUCCUACGGAUAAAUUCGAGAUCUACGAGGAGAUAGCCCAAGGCGUCAAUGCCAAGGUUUUUCGGGCCAAGGAGCUCGACAAUGAUCGGAUCGUUGCCCUGAAGAUUCAGCACUACGAUGAGGAGCACCAGGUUUCCAUCGAGGAGGAGUAUCGCACUCUGCGGGACUACUGCGACCAUCCCAAUCUUCCCGAGUUCUAUGGCGUCUACAAGCUGUCGAAGCCAAACGGACCUGAUGAGAUCUGGUUUGUCAUGGAGUACUGCGCUGGGGGAACAGCAGUGGACAUGGUUAACAAGCUUUUGAAACUGGAUCGUCGAAUGCGAGAGGAGCACAUCGCCUACAUUAUCCGGGAGACUUGCCGUGCUGCCAUCGAGCUGAACCGUAAUCAUGUCCUGCAUCGGGACAUUCGGGGAGAUAACAUAUUGUUGACCAAAAAUGGACGGGUCAAGCUGUGCGAUUUCGGUUUAUCCCGUCAGGUGGAUUCCACUCUGGGCAAGAGGGGCACCUGCAUUGGAUCUCCCUGCUGGAUGGCUCCCGAAGUGGUGUCCGCCAUGGAAUCCCGCGAACCGGACAUCACCGUUCGUGCCGAUGUCUGGGCCUUGGGAAUCACUACCAUUGAGUUGGCCGAUGGAAAGCCACCGUUCGCUGACAUGCAUCCCACUAGGGCCAUGUUCCAGAUCAUUCGCAAUCCACCGCCGACCUUAAUGCGACCCACUAAUUGGUCGCAGCAGAUCAAUGAUUUUAUAUCCGAGAGUUUGGAGAAAAAUGCCGAAAAUCGGCCCAUGAUGGUUGAGAUGGUGGAGCAUCCAUUCCUCACGGAGCUCAUCGAAAACGAGGACGAGAUGCGAUCGGACAUCGCAGAAAUGUUGGAACUCUCUAGGGAUGUAAAGACUUUGUACAAGGAGCCGGAAUUGUUCGUGGACCGCGGCUAUGUGAAGAGGUUCGAUGAGAAGCCGGAAAAGAUGUAUCCGGAGGACUUGGCUGCCUUGGAAAAUCCCGUGGAUGAAAACAUAAUCGAGUCACUGCGUCAUCGCAUUUUGAUGGGGGAAUCGUACAGUUUCAUUGGCGAUAUCCUUUUAUCCUUGAAUUCCAAUGAAAUCAAGCAGGAAUUUCCGCAGGAGUUCCAUGCCAAGUAUCGCUUCAAGUCGCGUUCGGAAAACCAGCCGCAUAUUUUCUCGGUGGCCGAUAUCGCCUACCAGGAUAUGCUGCAUCAUAAGGAGCCGCAACACAUCGUGCUCUCCGGAGAGAGCUACUCGGGCAAGUCCACAAAUGCCCGGCUGCUAAUCAAGCAUCUGUGCUACUUGGGUGAUGGAAAUCGUGGGGCCACCGGGCGCGUGGAGAGCUCCAUCAAGGCCAUCCUGAUGUUGGUGAAUGCAGGAACUCCGGUAAACAACGACUCCACAAGAUGUGUCCUACAAUAUUGCUUGACCUUUGGAAAAACCGGCAAAAUGAGUGGGGCCGUUUUUAAUAUGUAUAUGCUGGAGAAACUACGAGUGGCCACUACGGACGGAACCCAGCACAACUUCCACAUCUUCUACUACUUCUACGACUUUAUUAAUCAGCAAAAUCAGCUUAAGGAGUACAAUCUGAAGGCUGAUCGCAAUUAUCGUUAUCUGCGAGUUCCGCCAGAGGUUCCGCCAUCGAAACUCAAGUAUCGUCGUGAUGAUCCCGAGGGCAAUGUGGAGAGGUACAGGGAGUUCGAGAACAUCCUGCGGGACAUUGAUUUCAAUCACAAGCAAUUGGAGACCGUUCGCAAAGUUUUGGCUGCCAUUUUGAACAUUGGCAACAUCCGUUUCCGGCAGAACGGAAAGUAUGCGGAAGUGGAGAACACGGACAUUGUGUCCCGGAUCGCCGAGCUCCUCCGUGUGGAUGAGAAAAAGUUCAUGUGGUCUCUGACCAACUUCAUUAUGGUCAAGGGCGGGAUCGCCGAGAGGCGACAGUACACCACUGAAGAAGCUAGGGAUGCACGCGAUGCGGUGGCCAGCACGCUCUACUCUCGAUUGGUGGACUUUAUCAUCAACAGGAUUAACAUGAACAUGUCCUUCCCACGGGCUGUGUUCGGAGACACAAAUGCCAUCAUUAUUCACGACAUGUUUGGAUUUGAGUGCUUUAAUCGAAAUGGUCUGGAGCAACUAAUGAUCAAUACUCUAAACGAGCAAAUGCAAUAUCACUACAAUCAACGUAUUUUUAUCAGCGAAAUGCUGGAAAUGGAAGCUGAAGACAUUGACACCAUCAACUUGAAUUUCUAUGACAACAAGACAGCUCUGGAUAAUCUGCUAACCAAACCGGAUGGCCUGUUCUACAUCAUUGACGAUGCCUCACGCUCCUGUCAAGAUCAGGAUUUGAUUAUGGAUCGCGUUUCGGAGAAGCACAGCCAGUUUGUGAAGAAGCACACUGCCACUGAAAUAUCCGUGGCUCAUUACACGGGCCGCAUCAUCUAUGAUACGCGCGCCUUCACCGACAUCAACCGGGACUUUGUGCCGCCGGAAAUGAUCGAGACCUUCCGCUCCUCGCUGGAUGAGAGCAUCAUGCUCAUGUUCACCAAUCAACUGACCAAGGCUGGCAAUCUCACCAUGCCAUUCGAGGCAGUGCAGCAUAAGGAUGAAUCUGAACGGAAGUCAUAUGCCUUGAAUACCCUAAGUGCCGGAUGCAUCUCCCAAGUGAACAAUCUACGUACCCUGGCGGCCAACUUCCGCUUCACCUGCCUGACCCUGCUCAAAAUGCUAAGCCAGAAUGCAAAUCUCGGCGUGCACUUCGUUCGCUGCAUUCGCGCUGAUCUGGAGUACAAGCCCAGAUCCUUCCACUCGGAUGUCGUCCAGCAACAGAUGAAGGCCUUGGGAGUUCUGGACACUGUUAUUGCUCGCCAGAAGGGAUUCAGCUCGCGUCUGCCAUUCGACGAGUUCCUAAGGCGAUACCAAUUCCUUGCCUUUGACUUUGAUGAGCCCGUGGAAAUGACCAAGGAUAACUGUCGUCUAUUAUUCUUGCGCCUCAAGAUGGAAGGCUGGGCCUUGGGCAAGACCAAGGUGUUUUUGCGCUACUAUAACGAUGAGUUCUUAGCCAGAUUGUAUGAGCUGCAGGUGAAGAAGGUCAUCAAAGUGCAGUCCAUGAUGCGAGCUUUGCUAGCACGGAAACGAGUUAAGGGCGGCAAAGUUUUCAAAUUGGGCAAAAAGGGACCGGAGCAUCAUGAUGUGGCCGCGUCCAAAAUACAAAAAGGUAAAAAAACGCAGGUGGAUAGGCUAAGAGAGUACGACGAGGAGCACAUCGACAUAAGCGAGACGCCCUCGGAGGCGGAGGAGAUGUUCCUCGAGGCCAGAAUGGAUGAGGCUCUGGCAGCGGUGCGAAUAGCCAAAAUCGAGCAGGCCUCCGCCGAGGAAUAGGCCCCUACUAUAUACCAUUUAUACACACUAUAUCACUAUAUCGAUCGAUACUAAUCGUAAUACGACUACCAAUAAAAUGUAGAAAACGCAAACAACCAGCUAUCAUCUAGUCUAGGGCCUCGGCAAACCACUUAAGCCGCUUAGUGGUGUCCAAUGUGGAUACCAUCCCACCCCAUCCCGCUGGGCGGUUGUGUUCUCCAUCUGAUGCAACCAAUCGGCUUAUAGCUGUCUGAGACAUAACACUUAACAUCGACGGCCCCUGCGAAAAGAGAUGAAUUAUAAGUGCUGCGUAGAAAAGAAAUGAAAAUUUAAUUAAAUUAAGCCUUCAGGGGAUUCCGCGACCGCGUCCGCCUCCCUCCGCUGGUCAACGAGAAGUCCGGCCAACUAAACGAGAACACCGCCGACUUUAUCCGUCCGUUUGCCAAGAAAUGGCGCGAGAAGUCUAUCUUCCAGGUCCUCCUGCACUACCGCGCGGCUCGCUUCCAGGACUUUGUCAAUCUCUCACAGCAGGUCCACAUCUACAACCAACGAAUGGUGGCUGGCUUGAAUAAAUGUACUCGGGCUGUGCCCUUCGAGAGGAUCAAUAUGCGCGAAGUGAACUCCUCGCAGCUAGGACCACUGCCAGUGCCCAUAAAAAAGAUGCCAUUCCGCCUGGAUCAGAUACCCUUCUAUGACACCCAGUAUAUGGUGGACCCGGCCAAUUCCAUUUCCCGCCAAGCCUUCCCCAAUCAGCUACUAACGCAGCACAUGGAGGACGAUGAGCCUUGGGACAGCCCUCUGCAACGCAAUCCUUCGAUGACUUCUUGUGCCCUGACCUACAAUGCCUAUAAGAAGGAGCAGGCUUGCCAGACCAACUGGGAUCGCAUGGGCGAGAGCGACAAUAUCUACAAUCAGGGCUACUUCCGAGAUCCCCAACAGCUGAGGAGAAAUCAAAUGCAGAUGAACAUGAAUGCCUAUAACAAUGCCUACAACAGCUAUAACAGCAACUAUAACAACCAGAACUGGGGCGUACAUCGAUCCGGAUCCAGGCGCAACUCCUUGAAGGGCUAUGCGGCGCCUCCACCUCCUCCUCCACCAAUGCCCUCAUCCAACUAUUAUCGCAAUAAUCCGAACCAGCAGCAACGCAACUAUCAGCAAAGAUCCUCGUAUCCUCCGUCGGAUCCAGUUAGAGAACUUCAGAACAUGGCUCGCAACGAGGGUGAUAACUCUGAGGAUCCACCAUUCAACUUCAAGGCUAUGCUGCGCAAGACUAACUAUCCGAGGGGAUCCGAGACCAACACCUAUGACUUUAACAAUCGCCGCGGAUCGGACAGUGGUGACCAACACACGUUCCAGCCGCCCAAGCUACGCUCGACAGGUCGCCGGUACCAAGACGAUGAGGGCUAUAAUUCAUCAUCGGGAAACUAUGGUGUGUCUAGGAAGUUUGGCCAGCAGCAGAGGGCUCCGACCUUGAGACAAUCUCCAGCCAGCGUGGGUCGCAGCUUCGAAGAUAGCAAUGCUAGAUCCUUCGAGGAGGCAGGAUCCUAUGUAGAAGAGGAGAUUGCACCUGGAAUCACUCUUUCAGGCUAUGCCGUCGAUAUCUAAAACUAGUGAUUAAGAGUAAAAAUAUUAAAAUUAAUUGUUAUGCAAACCAUAAGACAAUUUAGCUAAAACCCACCUAAAAUUCCAAAAUAAUGAUUGAAGUUUUCUUCAUCACUUUCUCAAAAACGUUUCACACAAUGGAAUAAAUAAAAUGUCUUGG